UUAUGGUAAAUGCAUAUAAUAUAUAUGCAGGUAUAAAUAUAACCUUUUUCUUUCAUGUGGUGAUAUAUCUACAAACAUCACGUACUACAACACAACAGGGUUGAAAUUAUAGUGGGGAAAUGGACAGUUCUGUCAUGAUUUAUCGACACGUGCCGUUCCCCUCACGAGAAACGCUAGGACAUUUCUCAACAGUGUUGAAUUCUGGCUAACAUUCAUUGUUUGUGUUCCUAGGAUUUUCUGCGAGACACGAGGGGAAAAAUCAACACUGGAUGAUAGCCGGCUGAUUUCAUAAUAGAGUGCAGCAUUACUAAUUACUUUAAAAGAGAAAUAAUAUGCCAACAGGGUUGUCUGCGUGUUUACAGUGUUGUAGUUUAUAUUCGUCAAUUUCGCUUCAUUUCAUAACUAAGUUAUCUGCUCCAGUCUGUGUGCAUUCCCACGAAACGAAGCACCGCCUACACUACACUUUAUAACUAAAUGCGGCGCUCUUUUAGAAAGUAGGUUUAGUGGAAAGGAAUCGGAUCUCAUAAUGUUUUGGUUUAUUGUAAGUGCGAUUUUACUUUUAUUUGCAUUAAGAUUCCGUUAUCCUUACUUUAUCAAAGAGGCCACAUACGCGCGUCGGAUAGCGAUAGCUAUAUAUCGUACGACUAAAUAUCUCAAAUCCAAACCUCCCUAUACCUUACUGGAUCGAUUCUUGGAUUCUGUUCGGAAGAACCCACGCAAAGCGUUCAUUCGGUUCCAGGAUGAAACAUACUCGUAUGCGCAGACGGAUAAACAGAGUAAUAAGAUCGCGAGGAGUUUGUUGAAGCACGCGGAUCUUCAUGAAGGAGACACGGUCGCGCUUCUGCUCGGAAAUGAGCCCGUGUUCUUGUGGAUGUGGUUGGCUUUGGCCAAGAUCGGAUGUUCUGCUGCUCUUCUUAAUCAUAACAUCCGAUCCAAAUCACUUCUGCACUGCUUCAGCUGCUGUGGGGCCACUGUACUGAUAGCCGGUGCAGAAUUGCAGGAUGCUGUUGAGGAGGUGCUGCCCGCUCUGAGAGAGCAGGGAAUCUCUGUCUAUAUACUGACUGACCAUGUGACCACCGAGGGACUGGAGAGUCUUACAGACAAGAUUGCACAGGCCUCAGAUGAGCCCAUUCCUGCAGACCUGAGGGCCAACAUCACCUUGAGCAGCCCAGCGGUGUACAUCUACACAUCAGGCACGACAGGUCUUCCUAAGGCAGCCGUGAUUGCUCAGCUGAGGUUGUGGGCCAUAGCCUCUCUUUUUUCCAUCUGCGGUGUGAAGUCUGAUGAUGUGGUGUACAUCUGCCUUCCCUUGUAUCACAGUGCAGGCUUUGCUAUUGGAUUCGGUGGUGCUAUUGAAAGAGGAGCCACUGUUGUCUUGAAGAGCAAGUUUUCUUCCUCUCAGUUCUGGGAUGACUGCAGAAAAUAUAAUGUGACUGUGAUACAGUAUAUUGGAGAAACAAUGCGCUACCUCUGCAAUACACCAAAGCGUGUUAGCGACCAAGUACACAACGUUAGAAUGGCCAUUGGGAACGGGAUCAGACCAGAGGUGUGGAGGACGUUCAUAAGCAGAUUCGGCAACAUUGACAUCAAAGAGUUUUACGGCUCAACUGAAGGAACCUUGGGCUUUUUGAACUACGCUGGGAAAAUGGGGGCCAUCGGUAGAGUGAAUUUUUUUCAUAAGAAACUCUAUCCAUAUGCAUUGGUUAAGUUUGACCAAGAACACGACGAGCCUGUGAGAAACGCAGAUGGAUUUUGCAUAGAAGUAGCUAAAGGGGAGACAGGCCUACUAGUAUCAAAGAUUACCCAGAAGGCCCAAUUUGCUGGAUAUGCCAGGGAUCCCAAACAGACAGAGAAGAAGAAACUCUACAAUGUGUUUGAGAAGGGAGAUGUUUACUUCAACUCUGGAGAUCUGUUCAGGACCGACCACGAAAACUUCAUCUACUUCCAGGAUCGGGUGGGCGACACUUUUAGGUGGAAAGGGGAAAAUGUUUCCACGAAUGAAGUGUCUGACAUCCUGACUAUGGCAACGAGUAUUGAGGAAGCAAACACAUACGGCGUUACGGUUUCAGGGUAUGAGGGGAGGACAGGAAUGGCUACCAUCAUACUAAACUGUGGCAGUGAAAAAUUCGGAAGUCAUUUUAGUCAUGUGACCACUUACCUCCCCUCUUAUGCCAGACCACGUUUCAUAAGGAUUCAGGAUUGUUUGGCUGUGACUUGCACCUUCAAACAGCUGAAAGGGAAGCUGGUAGAGGAGGGCUUCAACCCUGCUGUAAUCACAGACCCUCUGUUUGUUUUAGAUGAGACGGUGAAAAGCUACAGACCUCUGACACGUGACACAUAUCAGUCGAUACUGGACGGUCGCUUCAGAUUGUGAAGAGCAGCAUUUGUUCUUUGUUAUAAUUUAUAACGCAAAAAUCUGAUCUUUUAUUUGUUCCUGAUUCUAAAUGUACAUUUUCAAGAUAAAUGUCCAGAGAUCACAAAUAACACCCAAAAAUGUAUGGGUGACAAUUGUAAAUUCAACAAAUUGUGGUGCAAGAGAUGUUAUUUUGCUUAUAGUGCAUAUUUUAGAAGAUCCUUUCACAAGUUUUUUUUUAAUUUUUUUUUUAUUGUGUAUCAUACUAUUAUUUGGCAAUAUUGUUUAAAAAGACAAUACAUUUUUUUUUUAAAAGUA